AUGACCUCAUGUCCCCUGGAGGACGAUGUCUUUAAACAGUUUCCAUCUCCUCUGUCUCUGCAGGCGGUGCACAUGUUCCCUCGUCACGUCAGCUUCCAGGUGGAGGAGGAAGAGAUUGUACGCAUCAACCCCCGCGAGCGGACCUGGCUCACAGGUUAUGGGGACUACCGCCACGCCAACUCAACGCGUGACAAACUCACCCAGCCUGACAACCUCGACGCCUACGUACACUUUGCCAAGAGCGAGCCUCCCAAACAUGACUACACAUACCCUUACCCGCUGAGCUGUGACGUGCAGCGAGGCUGUGACGGCAAACCUGGCUGUCUGGAGCUGGGCAGCGGACACCGAGCGGUGGUGACGGUGCAGCCGCGAGCCCUGCAGCCCAAAGGCAAGAGGCGGAAGGAGGACGGCGAACGCUCGCGCUGCGUUUACUGUCAGGACAUGUUCAACCAUGAGGACAACGGGCGGGGCCGCUGCCAGGAAGCUCCUGACCCCAUUCAGACCUGCAUCAGGCGGGUCAGCUUCAUGUGGUGCGCAGACAGCCUGCUGUAUCACUGCAUGUCGGACCCGGAGGGGGAUUACUCGGACCCGUGCUCCUGUGACACCAGCGACGAGCGCUUCUGCCUGCGCUGGACGGCGCUGGUGGGUCUGUCACUGCUGGCGCCCUGUAUGUGCUGCUACGCCCCCCUCAGGGCGUGCUACCGCUGCGGCGUGGCCUGCCGCUGCUGCGGCGGGAAACACAAAGCAGUGGGCUGAGGCGUCGCAGGCCCCACCUCCUCACAGUGGAAGCAAGGACUCAUGGGAAUCAGAGGCCGCUGUGAUUUUGUUGUUGUUGUUUGUCUUGUCUCCGAUUUCCAGAAGGAGGAGGAGAAGAAGAACUUUGUCUCAACAGAUGGAAAAAAAAAUGUUCCCUGUUGUUUUUUCUUUUUAUGUCUUUUGUGAUAUUGGGAACCAAAAUGGCUCCCAAGUCUCACACUGACUGAACAAAGAAUAUUCAUUUAUAUAAAGUUAUAUAUAUAUGUACAUUUAUACAUAUAUAUACAUAUAUAUCUGUAUAUAUAUGUAUAAAUAGGUACUUUAUAUUUUUACACUC